AUGAGCUCUGAGCGGCAUUACAUGUCCAGUGCUUCAAGACACUCCGUGGGCGGCAUCAGACGCGUGGACAGCCCCAGCAACAAUGUCAGGCGUCACUCACGGAACAUGUCUGCUGUCCGCCGGCGCCGUGUCAGCAGCAACGAAGCCUACAACUAUGCCCUCCGAGUCGCCUUCCUGGCCUACCUGCUCCAGGCGCGCACGAAGAGAGUGCAGGCCGCUCCUCCGCCGCGGCCUCAGUCGCUAAACCGGGCGUCAACCUCGUUCCAUGACCUGAUGAAGGACUUCAGCCUGGUGCGAGACUCGAAGAGCACCAGGUUCCCGCACGGCUUCAUCAGCGAGCUCGAAAAGCGGCUGACGGGCGUGCUGAUUGGCAAGGAACAUAGAAAAGAGUUUCAGGAUGCUACGGUCAAGAGGACGUUUGGGGCCUUUCUGAACGCACUCAAGGAGCAGAGUUUCAAGAAGCGUAUGGAAAAGGACCGGCGCGUAGAGGACCUGGUGCUCAUCUUCUUCUCAAAUGCGACCAAGGAGCUGUCCAAGGGGAGGGCGCCGGAGGAUACCAGCUGGAAACUGAUGGUGGAUCGACAUGUUGCUCUUUUCGUACGGCUUAUUACAUUUAUCCUCAAGGACCAUGACUGGAUCAGGGACAAGCCGGAGCUAGGGAGCAGGCUGUUAACGCUGGAAAGUAAACUGCUAGCACACGACCAGGAUCUGACGGAGGGUUCGCAGAAGGAUGGCCCUACGGUCGAGGUCGUUGCGCCUCUGAGCUACGAUGUCAAGGAUAUGCCCCUGGUACAGACCGUUGCGAAGGCGUUUGGCCUCCGGGACUCCCAGGUGCAAUCGGAUAUCAAUAAGAACAAAGACUCCUGGACUGGAAAGGAGGCAUUACAGGAUUUGAAGCUGUACCAGGCACACCUUAAUCUUAAUACUGGUGGCACGUUGUCCGUCAAGGACUUCGAGGUUGAAGAGGGCUACGAGGCGUGGAAGAAGGCAGAGGGGCCGGACCUCUCACAGAUGAUGUUGGCGAUAGUUCAGUCGAAUCCGGAACUUGCGAAGAGUACAGGCGGGACGCUGCCGCAGUUCAACGCCCAGUUGGCGGAUGCUCCGUACGGCGAGGAUGCGUACACGGAUGCAUACGGGACUAUGUCUGAAAACUCGUCUUAUGUGAUUGACCAGCCAGUAGAUAUGAGCUCGUUAUCGCUGGACGAUCAGACUUAUGAGCAGCCGGAUACAAAUUUCUACACUUUUAUACCCCCUGAUCCAAGGUCAUACUAUCGAUUCAUACUGAACCAGCUGCUUACCCACGACCUACGUGAUCAGUCACUUGAAGCGUCAGAGGCGACAUCUGAGACGCCUGCAUCGAAGUUAUUAUCAAAACAGUCUACAGAACUGCUUAAUGAGAUAUGUCUACGCUGGCGAAUACCCAACUUCACGCGGCUUAUACUCUUUCUAGACGUGUUCCGAGAAAAAUACGUGGACCAGGAGAUUGAUCUAGACACACUUGAUUCGGCAUUCACAUUCGUCAAGGAUCCUCCAGCCGCCAAAAACAAGCGUGCCAGUAUCGUCAUGGCGCCUAUCCUGUACGAUAGAAACAAAUGGACCCAAGCAGAUAUAUUCUGUAUGCAUCGCGUUAUCACCUCUAUCAAAGAAGGUCUUCAUCGACAGCUAUAUGAAACCAUGAUGUCCUGCUAUGAUGUCAAGAUCCCACCCAUCGGACCGGUCAUGUAUGUUCUGGAAACUCACAUCGAGCCCGACCCAUAUUUUACCGAGAGCCCAGAGGAGCGGGAGCAGUUUCGUGAAUAUGCUUCCAAUGGGCUGUUGGAGAAAGCCAAGUCAAUUUACCAGGAGUAUCUGAAUAAAGAGAUUCCGCCAGAGCAAGAUGUGUGGGAGUUUCAUCAUGUUAUUCAGCUUGGUAAGGCUGUGAUGAAAGUUUGCCAGCGGAUACAGAAGCGCUAUAGGAAGAAUCCAGAAAUCCUAGGUGUAAACCCCUUUACCGUGUUAAUUAACUAUAUACUCCCUGUAUACGCUGAGGAUGCCCGAGAUAUGAUUAUCCGAAUAAUGGAACAAGCCCAGGAGAAGAACGAACAAAUCGAAAUGCAAGAGGGAUUCGACCUAUACGCUGAACUCUCUGGUAUCCGAAAAUUCUUCCUCGAGGUCCUGCCCGGCGAACCGUUCCCCUUCCCUAUCGAAGAGCUGCUAGCAGACUUCGUCUGGCGCUGGAUUCAGACUACAGACGCCAAGGUGAAUGACUGGGUAAAUCAGGCUGUUAAGCAGGAUAACUUUAAAGUUCAGACUGAUGCUCCAGGAGACAUACCUACCGAGGACCAGCGACAUAGUGUUUCGGUGACAGACGUGUUCCGAUCGUUUAACCAGGUCGUGGACCAGAUAGUACAGCUGAAUUGGGAUGACGAUGUCGGGUACGCAAAGUUCAUGACUGCUAUUUCGCGAUCGAUUGGGAAUGGGAUGGCGAGAUAUUGUGAAAUCUUGGAAGGCCUGUUUAGUCGGGAGAUGGACAGGUUGACGCCAGAGCAGGAGGCCGCGGCUAGACAGACGAAGCAGGAGAAGUGGGUGCAGAUGGCAAAGGAUGCAUGGACUAGUAAGGAGAAGGUUGAACCGUUUCAAUUUUUUCCAGAGUCCUUUGUGAAACUCAACAACAUUGAGUAUGCCCUGCAGAAAUUCGACCAGCUAGAGCGUGACAUCAACAUCGAUGCAUGUGCCGAAGUACUGGCUAAGAAUGCUCCACCCCUAGCGAAACGACAGCGGAAAAUAACCAACUACGUUUUCACCGUCAAGAUCGUCGAAGCCGAAGACCUAAAGGGCUGCGAUCUCGACGGCUUCAGCGACCCUUAUGUUGUACUGACUGAUGAAUACCAGAAACGAAUCUCGAAAUCACGAAUUAUCUAUAACAACCUUAAUCCACGAUGGGACGACACGGUAGAUAUCAUGACGAGGGGUCCACUAAACAUCAUUGCAACGAUAUGGGAUUGGGAUGCUGUAGGGGACCAUGACUAUGUUGGUAGGACGUCGAUGAAGUUGGAUCCAGUGCAUUUUGCGGACUUUGCGCCGCGGGACUACUGGCUGGACCUGGAUACACAGGGCAGAUUGCUGUUAAGGGUGAGCAUGGAAGGGGAAAGGGAUGAUAUCCAGUUUUACUUUGGAAAGGCAUUCCGCACACUGAAGAGGACGGAGAAGGAGAUGACGAGGAAGAUUACGGAGAAGCUAUCUGCAUAUAUCAACCACUGUCUGUCACGGCGAGCCCUCAAAGCGCUCUUAUCCCGCGGUAUCAGCAUGUCGACUGUAUCCAGCUACUUUAACCGCAACCGAACACAGUCCAACCAAGCACCUACGCAAGUGGAGAUUGAAAACGCCCUCGCACCUCUCUUCACUUACUUUGACGACAAUUUCUCCAUCAUGAACCAAACCCUUACGGGCCCAGCAAUGCGCACCGUCAUGGCUCGACUAUGGAAAGAAGUCCUCUCCACCGUCGAAUCUCUCCUCGUCCCGCCACUAUCAGACAAACCAUCAAACCAAAAACCGCUCACCCAGCUAGAACUCGAUAUAAUCCUGGCCUGGCUCGGACUACUGCUUGCCUUCUUCAACGCCGUCGACGAAGAAACAGGCGAAGCCAACGGGGUGCCCAUGGAUGUCCUCAAGAGCCCCAAGUACCAUGAGAUACAGACCCUGUUCUAUUUCUACUUUGAACCGACGGAACAGCUGAUCCGUACCUCGGAACGCAUGGCCAGCGCUACGGCCGCCAGACAGCAGGCAAAUCGUAACCGUCUGUCUACCUCGUCUGCAACGCUGGGCGUGCCAGGCUUCGCGGGCGUGUUAUCCGCUCGAAGAGGCAAGAGUAUUCUUCUCUCCCGCAACUUGGGCACCAUGAAGAAAGCGAAAGAGGAGAAACGCCGUGAGGCGCAGGCUGAGCCCAACGAUGAUAUGAUAUUGAGGAUCCUGAGGAUGCGAGUUGAAGCCGCCGGGUAUCUGCGAGACCGGAGCAGGCAGAAGGAGCGGUUGGCCACGGCGGCGGCGGCAGAUCUGAUUGUUAAGCAGAGCCUGAUGGCUGGCACUGGAGGGCGCAUGACGGGCACAUUGCCUCGAUACUAG